UAUUUGACCAGGUUGCAUCACUCUAGUUCAGUAGGUCUGUAGUUUAGUGUUUAGUGUUUUACAUGUAGUUCUUAUUUUCGCCAGUAGGUGGACCCUGUUGCACUAGUGUACAAUCCUACACAAUGUGGUUCAGAGAGGUAUUAGUAUGACACAGCCUUUCAUUUAAUCAGUCUCACCGUGUGCCUCUUACUGUGUGCGUCCAUUGAAAGGGGUGGCAGCAGCAUCGCGCGAUCGUGUCGCGUGCGUGCUGGUGGAGUUGACAUGGGAGGCGGUGCGCGCGGACCCGGACCUACAUGGCGGGAUCAACAGCGCGCGGCGCGGACACGCGGGAGCCGGGCAACGGGCCCUCGGAGCCCCUGAGUCUGCUGGAUGUCCUGCGGAGCUACGAGCAGCCAAUCAACGAGGAGCAGGCAUGGGCGGUGGGCUUCCAGUGCUGCAGGGGGCUGCGGGCGCGGGACUGCGCGAGGCUCGAGCUGAAGGGCCCGGCGUCCAUUCUUCUGCACCGGGACGGCGCGGUCACACUGCGGCCAGAGAACAGUACCGCUGAUGGAGAUGCUGUACAUGCCUCACCUGUCCUGGAGAGCCAGCUGGUCCAGUCUCUUGGUGUGGCCAUCUACCAGGCACUGGACUGGGGGCUGCUGGACACUGAGGAGAGGGAGCUAAGUCCACAGCUAGAGAGGCUGAUCGAGCGCAUGGUGGGUGGGAAUGAAGGAAGAGACUCCAGCUGCUGUGGGAGACACGCCACCAAAGAUGAAGGCUACAGUGGUCCAGAAGAGGAGGAGGAAGAGGAAGAAGAGGAUGAGGGAAGCAUGCGUGCAGUGCGCUCUUUCCGUCAGGUGAUGAUGCUUUGCUCCUGCAGGCUGCCAAACCCAACCCAGGCUCCAGAACACUAUCAGUCAGUGUGCAGAGCUCUGUUCCUCGAAACCCUGGAGCUUCAGACCUUCCUUUGCAGGAUCAGAGAUGCUAAGGAGAUGUUGAGGAAGAUCAAGACUGAAGAGCCUCAGGAGGAGCGAUAUGCUGCUGAACUGGACAACCUCAAACACACAGACUGGGCACGUCUGUGGGUACAGCUGAUGAAGGAGUUAAGGCAGGGUGUGAAGCUAAAGAAGGUGGAGGAGCAGCCGUUUGACCCGCUGCCCACAGAGUUCAGCCUCACGCCAUUCGAGAUGCUGAUGCAGGACAUCCGCUCCCGCAAGUACAAACUGCGCAAAGUCAUGGUGGACGGGGAUAUUCCUACCCGCAUCAAACAAAAUGCUCAUGAAGUUAUUCUGGACUUCAUCAGGUCAAGACCACCGCUGAAACCAGUAUCUGAGCGCAGUCUCCCCCCGCGGCCCCAGCAGCAGGUGUGUCUGCAUGACCGAGUGCUUGCAGAGAUCCGUCAGGAGCACAAACUACGGCCGGUGGAGCCACGGAGCGCCAAGAGACCGUUCGGCUCGAUGCCCUGCCUUGCUCACACCUGCCAAUGCCACUUUAAAUCCACUUCCUGCAUCGACCUGUCCGUCACGGAGGCUGGGCCUCGCCUGCCUUCCCGCCCACGCGUCCUGCUCAAGGCCCCCACGCUGGCGGAGAUGGAGGAGAUAAACCUGUUUGAGGAUGAGGACUCUCCCGAUGCUGUGGAACUGCAGUGUGUAGAAGGUUCUCUGAAGCGUGAUCGCUCAUUUUCUGAGCACGACCUGGCGGAGCUGCGGGAAGAGAGCAACGAGCAGAGUGUUUGCCUACGGAUGGAGAGGCCACGCUCAUACACACUCACCGGAACCACACACACACACAGAGCCUCCUACCCUGUGAUUGGCUGGAUUCCUCCGUCUUCUCCUCGUCACUCUCUCAGUGUGUUGGAGGAAAGCAGUGAAGUUUCAGGACCACUCAGCAGCCGCCAGUGGAUGGAGGAGUUCAGCCACCCGGUGGAGAGUUUGGCUUUAACGGUUGAGGAGGUCAUCAGUGUGCGGCGUGUGCUGGUGAAGGCUGAGAUGGAGAAAUUUCUCCAGAAUAAAGAGCUGUACAACAACCUGAGGAGGGGCAAGGUGUGCUGCUGCUGUCAGAUAAAAUUUCCUCUGUUUUCUUGGCCUUCCACCUGCCUUCUGUGUAAAAGGGCUGUGUGUGACUCCUGCAGUGCUAAGAUGAAGAUGCCGGCUAAAAAGAUGGCCCAUAUUCCAGUCUACGCUGUGGGUUUCCACAGCAGCCCCAGGAGCCACAGCCACCGCAGCGAGGUGUACAAGUCUCUGCGCUCUCUCUCUCGGCGCUCUGUGGAUGAGGAGUUUCCCUAUCUAUAUGCUGCUGGCUGUAGUCUGAAGGACGUUUGUGCAGAGUGCACAAAGUUUGUUGCUGAUGUUGUUUCCUCUAGUCGUCGGAGCCUUGACAUCAUCAACAACACGCCCAAAAGAGAAAAGCCACGCCCCUGAUACACCCACAGUCACGCCCCACAUCACUACCCAGGAGGUGGAGCAAUCUAAGGGACUGACUAAAGAUCUGUGCUGCGUUGGGCUUCUCCUUAACACGCCUCUGGGCCGUAAUCCCUUCCCCAAAGCUAAAGCAUUCAGUUGCAUGUAGCUACAGCCCUACAGACCCAGGCUUACCAGACCUGUAAUGAGAAUGACUCCUUAGGAGUAAAGUCUGAUCAGUUCUGCAGGGGUUCUUCAACAAAGACAAUGGUUUAUAAAGAAUUAUCAUGGCAGCUCACAGAACCAUCUGAGUUCCUUUUAAAAUGAUUCUUUGUGUGUGUUCCAUUCUGAACUGUGGUCCCUCUUGUAUGAACCUUAUUGAAGAACCCCAUUCUGUAUAGCACUGAAAGGAGUUCAACUAGGGCUGGAGGUACUGUUUUACCUGUUUUGGGUAUGAUAUAUAGUCUAGUUUUGUUUGGAGUGAAGUAUUAAGACCAGACUUAGGCUGUGUUUGAGUUCUGAUUGGAAGAUAGUAUAUACCAGAUGGUUUUCUAGUAAAUACUGUAUCACUCCAAAAACAUCAAACACUGUGAAAUAUAUCAAACUAAAUUCAUUCAGUUUUAUCAUCUAAGCUUUGGAGUAUUAAAAAAAAAAAAAAUAAGAUCCUAAUAAAAAUUUAUGAAAACAUAAAAGGUCAAGCUAAAAUCUCAUCUCAUAAACUCAGGUAUUAACUACAAUCCCAAUCACUGUCUGUUUGAGUGCAGUGUGCAACUGAUACAAACAGUAUUUUACCAUUCAAUUGGAGGAUUAGGGUUACCUACCUCUACAUCUGUGUGAGCUUUUUAACUAGAUAACUAGCUAACACACAUCAGAAGUGGUUUAAAAGCUACAUUUUGCUUACAGAACUACACAUAAACUCAGCUUUCACCACCUCACCAACAUUUUUACUAGCUAACUAAUCAAGCUAGUAUGCUCUCUGUCUAGCCAACUAAUGCUGCAUUCAUGUGGUGUCAGAUUGAUCAGAAAAGCCUACCUGAAGUUGGGCAUAUCAACAUUUUAUGCGCACACAUUUUUUAAUACGGCCGAGCAUGAAAACAAUGGCAAGAUAUCGAAUACAGUGGUAUGAAAAAGUUUGGGCACCCCUGAUGUUUUUUAUGAUUUUCCUUCAUAAAUAAUUGGUUGUUUAGAUCAGCAAUGUCAGUUAAAUAUAUCAUAUAGCAGAUAAACACAGUGACAUUUGACAAAAGAAAUUAAGUUUCUAGGAUUUACAGAAAGCGUGCAAUAAUUAUAAAAACAAAAUUAGGCAGGUGCAUAAAUUUGGGCACCACAACAGAAAAUUUAUAUAUAUUUUUAGAAGAUCCUCCUUUUGCAGAAAUAACAACCUCUGAACGCUUCCUAUUGCUUCCAAUGAGAGUCUGGCUUCUGGCUGAGGGUAUUUUGGACCAUUCUUCUUUACACAACACCUUCAGUUCAGUCAGUUCAUGAACAGCCCGCUUUAAAUCACAUCACAGAUUUACAAUAAUAUUCAGGUCUGGGGACAGAGAUGACCAUUCCAGAAUGUUGUACUUGUUCCUCUGAAUUAAUGCUUUAGUAGAUUUAGAGCAGUGUUUAGUGUUUAGGGUCAUUGUCUUCUUGGCGUAUCCAGCCCCGGAUUUCCCACUGAUUCUUAAACGUUGUUCUCAAGAAUCUGCUGAUAUUGACAAAAAUUCAUAUGACCCCACAGUCAUCACUUCACAGAACCUUAUUCCAAAAUUUAACUGUCUUAUACAAAUGUUAUUUAGCAUACCUCAAGCGGCUCUGUUUGUGGCGUGUGAACAGAAAAGGCUUCUUCUGCAUUACUCUCCCAUACAGCUUCUCCUUGUGCAAAGUGCACUGAAUAGUUGAAUGAUGCACAGUGACGCCAUCUGCAGCAGGAUGAUGCUGUAGAUCUUUGGAGCUGAACUGAAGGUUAACUAUGACUGUUCUCAUCAUCCUUCUCCUCUUCUUAUCUGAGAUUUUGUCUCUUCGGAUCUUAACUAGAGCUGUGCCUGUGGUCUUCCAUUUCCUCACUAUCUUCCUCACAGUGGAAACUGACAGCUGAAAUCUCUGAAAUUUUUUGUAUCCUUCCACUAAACAAUGAUGUUGGACACUUUGUUUUCAGGUCAUUUGAGAGACGUUUUGAGGCUUCCAUGUUACCACACUUCAGAGAACAUACUAAGAGAAUAAAACUUUGCCACCUUAAAUGAGAACUACUGUGUGAAAUUGACUUUGGAUUUAGUAAAACAUGAUAGAGUACUAACCUUUGUUGAAUAGCCCGCCACUAUUUCCCGCAGAUUUCUGAGAUCAAGCUAUUUUGUGUGUUUUUUCCAAACAGGCUAGCAUAUUUUGCUUGUGCAGAAAAAAAAUCACUUUUUACACCGUUAUCCAGGCUUAAAGUAGCUACACACCU